CGAACAAACCAAAUGAGUCGGCGAUUGACGGCGAUCGCGACGCUUGUGCCGCCACUACACUGACUCAGACGAUCGCGAUCGUUAAAUAAUAAAUAAGUGGAUUAAAAUAGUAAAAAGCUGUCCCCAAUAGUGAGUUGUGAAGUACAAAUAUGAGUACAAAAUGUGUAGAAAUGAAACCGAAACCGUUCAGUUUAAAAAUGCGUAUUUUAAGCGCCUUGAGAAGAAUUUUAGACGCAUUAACUUGCGUUUUGUUCAAACUGUAUUACGGGACGAGAGGAAGGAAACUGCCGCGGAUAAAUGAUGAUAUAUUGAAACAACCUGCUAUUGAAGUUGCCAGGAAAAUAAGGACAAGAGAGGUAUCCAGUUUAGAAGUUUUGAAUACUUGCAUACGAAGGAUAAAGGAAACCAAUCCAGUUACCAACUAUUUUAUCGACAAUCGAUUUGAACUGGCGCUAAAGGAAGCAAAAGAAGCCGACGAUCUUAUUAGAAGCGGUAAUUUGACGGAAGAAUAUUUAGAACGAGAGAAACCAUUUUUAGGUGUACCAUUUACUACCAAGGACAGCAUUGGAGUGGAAGGACUUCAUUUCACUGCUGGUAUAACUUUAAGGAAACAUUUGAGAGCCGAUAAGGACGCUGACGUAAUUAAACUGUUGAAAAAUAGUGGCGCCAUAAUUAUUGGAGUUACGAAUAUUCCAGAAAUGUGCAUGUGGUAUGAAACCUACAACUGUAUCCAUGGAAGGACGCUUAAUCCAUACAAUACAACUCGAAUCGUAGGCGGGUCAUCGGGCGGCGAAGGUGUUAUGCAGGCUGUCGGAGGCAGCAUAUUUGGAAUCGGGUCCGACAUAGGAGGUUCUAUUCGUAUGCCUGCUUACUUUAAUGGGAUAUUUGGGCACAAGCCGACGAGGAGAGCAGUGUCUAAUGAAGGCCAAUAUCCUCAACUCAAGAAUGAUGACGUUAAUUUAUAUUUGUGUAUUGGACCCAUGACAAGGUUUGCAGUUGACUUAAAACACAUUCAAAAGGUAAUAUCAGGGGACUAUGCCAAAAAACUCGACCUCGACAAACCAGUAGACAUCGGGAAACUCAAAGUCUUUUACCAAUUUAGUAACGGCGCUCCCUUAGUGAGCGAAGUAGAUCCAGAAAUAAAACAAGCAAUGGAAAAAGUUGUUGAACACUUCCAACAAAAGCAUAAUGUAGUUGCCGAAGAAAAGAAAAUCGAAUGGCUGAAACGAUCGCAAGCAAUAUGGUUCACGACAAUGAAGAACGAAGUCCCUUUCGCAGCUUACAUAAUGGAAAACCCCAGCUUAUUAUCAAAUGUCAUAGAGAUAUUCAAAAAUAUCCUGGGCUUAUCGGGAAAUACUUUGAUUGGUCUCUUUGUUGCGUUAACUGACCACGAAAAGUUUGAUCCGGAAAGCAAAAAAUACAGAUACUUUAUGGAGGCUCGCGAUUAUUUAGAAGAGGUCUUUAAAAAUAUGCUUGGCGAUAAUGGCGUAUUCCUCUUUCCCACGCACCCAGUGCCGGCGCCCUACCAUAACCAGCCUAUGAUAAGACCAAUGAAUUUUAUGUAUACAGCUAUAAUAAAUAGUUUGGGUUUCCCUGCGACCGCUGUACCUUUGGGGUUGAACAGUGAAGGGCUGCCCAUAGGAAUUCAGGUUGUUGCAAAUUUUAACAAUGACCGGUUAUGUUUCGCGGUAGCAGAAGAAUUAGAAAAGGCAUUUGGAGGAUGGGUUGAGCCACAAAGUAGUGAACAGAGGACAUAGGACAAGGACAUGAGUGUUAAAAGUAAAAAAAACAAGUUGUUUUUUAAAUUGUUCUUAUAAUUAUGUGUACAUGUUUUUAACUGUUCUUAAAUAUGUAUGUGUUUUUUGCACUUUUUAUUUAUUUGCAUCUCAAUACUAUUUGAAGAUUAUGAUAAUAUUAAGUAUAUUAAUACAUA